UCCUCAACUCAAUCUGUUACUACUUUAUUUCAGAAAGAACCUGAUUCUCUGAAUUACUUUUCUCUCUUGCUCUUCCUUGCCUUUUUAUUUCCGUGGACACCACUCAUUGCUGUGCUUGAUUUGGUUUUUGGAUGAAAGAAACGAAAGGCGGUGAAUUGAUCAAGUGAGAAGAAAUGGACAAAACCAUGGGUGUUUUCUCAACCGCCAAACGACACAUUAAUAAACAACAAUCUGCUUCUUCUCGGGGUUUGAAUGCGAGUCUCCAGUUUUCGGAGAAAUCAAAGAAGGAGAAGGUGAAAAGUUUGAGUGCCGUCGCCAAAGCAUUAUCAAUGGGUUGCCGUGUCUCUCACUCGCCAAAACCAGCCAACAAAUUUCAGCUUCCCAGAAAGUUUCUCAAGGAUUGCAAUGGCGUUGAUCAUGCCUCUGUUCCUCGGAAGAUACGUUCAGCUGUGAAGAAACGAGGACGCGAAUCCGUGUUUGGUGAUUCAGAAAAGGUGAACCAUAGGAUGAAUGGAAUGGAAUCUCCUCAAAAAGAGGGCAUAAAGAAAUCUAAAAAACAAAGAAGCCCGGGCUGGUCCACGAGGCAAGCUUUACCCGGGCCCAUUACGAAAGAUGAGGAAGAGGUUGUGGAGACUCUCUAUGCCUUGGCUGGAAUGUUCCCUGAUAAUGGCUCUAAUGCCAAGAGUGAACUAGACAGUGAAUCUUUUCCAGAAAACUCCACGGUUUUGCAGGACCAAGAGGAGAGUCAUUGUGCUAAUGUUACUAUUGAAGUCUCGGGAACUACUCAGGAUGCUGGACAAACAUCACCUACGGGGUGUAAAAGAACCAGUUCUUUACACGAAACAAUUGGUCAAGAACAGUCUGAUUUUCCUCAGAGUGCUAAGUUCUUGGUUGCUAGUCAAAGCACUGCUGGAAAAAUAAAUCUGCAAGCCGUGCAUAGGAUGGUGGUUAAGAGUGAAAAUGGCAGCAAAGUUGCAUCACACGACUCUGAAUUGUCUCUGGAAAUGGGAUUAAAUGUGCCCAUACAACCACAGAUUUCGCAUAUCGGGAGGAAAUCAGAUGUGGAAUUUCAGACGGCCGGAGGCAUUUAUUGUAAGAAAGAACAACAUUUAAUCAAGUACCAAAAAGAAACUGAAGGUCCAGCAUUGUGGCCAGGGUUGUCUUCGACUGCUUCUGCUGGGAUUAGUGCUUCUUAUUUGCAGUCUUCUGCUGCUAAAGCUCCAGAUUGGCUGAAUUCUGCUAUUGGUGCACCGAAACAGGAUUUGAUGGAAGGUUGUUUUUCUGGUGGAAAGAUUUCCGAUAUUGUUACUCAUAAAAAGGCAUGGAAGAAGUGUGCAGCUCAUGUUCACAUAAGUCAUCUUAUCCGUAGCUUAGAAGUGUCUAAAAGAAAGGUGGACAAAGAACACGAGCUUUAUGAAUCUCAUCAAAUGAGAGUACACCAUGGAACAAAAUGUGGAGUUCUAAUGGAAGCCCAAAACUUGAAUUGGACGAAAAGUGGAAAUAGUUCUGCUACCGGAGCAGUUCAUUCUGCUACUACGAGUGCUUCACGUGAAACUAAGAAUGGUAUUCUUCAUCAUGGCCUUUAUCAUGACAUAUCUCUGUCUCCUCAAAAGCAAAGUUUCAACUUCUUGUCCUUGUCAACUGGAGGUAGUGAAUUAAAGGUCAACGAAAGUCUUAAUAAAGGUGAAAGUAAAUUGGAACCAUUGUCAAAAUCGCAAGUGCCUUAUUUUCAGUCAUUACAACAGCAGCAUGGCCUCAUGCCCAUUCAAAGUCCGUAUUCCUCCUCUUUCCUCGAUCGGUUUCUUGUUGCAGGGCCACAGGUUCGGUUGCAGCAGCAGCAGCAGCCACCUCAUUAUUAUGGUACCCCAUUACGUGGAGCUCAUUUUAGUUCCUAUAAACAACAGCACCAAAACUUUUGGGCGGUGCAGCUAGCAGCUCAAGGUGGGUCUGCUGUUAAUUGCAGCAUUGUGAGGGCCCAAUAUCCUAACUGGCAAAGUGGUAGACAUGACACUUCUGUAGCGAGUCCUUAUGCCCUUUCCCAUUCCCCUGCAUCUUUAGAAGCGCUUGGAUCCAAGAUUACUUCAAUCUCUGAGCAGCACCUCUUCACCCUCCCUUCAUCAAGAUCAAAGCCAAAUGGGCAAGACACUCAUCUUCCUUCUUCUGUAUGUGAAGAAAGUAAAGGUAGGUUCCGUAGUAGUAGUGGUACCCCAUCGCUGCAAUUGUUAUGCGAUGAGCGUAUCUGAAAUUGAGUAAUUGACCACAAAGGAUAAGGCAUAGAAAUAUAGUAUUUUCAUUGUUGAAUUUCUG